GAAGCUUUUCGAGUUUGUCCUCUGGAGUUCUCAAGGACACUUUCACAACUGGAACCAGUAGUUACAAUGUCCUACUACAGAGCAAGGAGGAGAAAAAGCACCAUUCACAAAAGCGGUUUUCCUCUGCCUGCUCCAAACAACAUAGAAAGCCCAGCAAAUCUCCCAGUUCCUCUCAUAGCAAAGACCCUAACAGGAUGACAGCCCUGGUGCCUGUGACAAGCACUGGUACUUGGUACUGCCUAGAUAAGCAGUCUGCUGUUUUUGUCACUAGUUCAGUACCAAGUCCUGUAAAGUUUACCUGUGAUAUCUCUGUUACAGGAAGCGGCCUAACACUGCCACCUAAACCGAAAAGCAAGGUCAAACGACGCAAUCUGACCCCUCUUCCAAAGCCAAAGCAGCAGCCCCAGCUGUGUAGAAGCUUUGAGAAAGGAGAUGACCUCUCUGGGAAAAAGCUUUGUAUAUUGACGGCGAUAAAGCCCAUCAACCUGGAGAAAGAAAAGCUGCGGUUCUUCAAGUCAGAUUUUACUUACAACCCUCAGUUUGAGUAUGCCAACCCCACUCUGCCAGGUGUGUUAGCCAAGCACAGCACCGCCUCUGACAGGUUUCUUAAGCAGUCCAUCAAUAUUAUGGAGCUGACUUUACAGAAAUAUGGAAGUUAUGAAAAAUUUGAACAAGCUACUGGUGGUAGCUUGUUGUCUAAAACUCGAAUCUGGAGUCACGUUAGGAAGUACAUGGUGAAGGAAGGCUGCCUGGGAGAGAUUGUAGUUCAUCUCACCGAAGACCUGCUUUCCAGGGCUUCCAUGACAGUAGUAAACGGAUGCCCAACUCUAACCAUCAAUAUUUCUACUGCACGAGAGCAUUGGCUGGAGGGCAUGCUGAGGCACGAGAUAGGCACACAUUACUUUCGGGGCAUUAACAACCUUCAGCAACCGUGGAACAGUUGGAUUGGCCGAAAAAAACAUGAGCUGAAGCCAAACAAUCCUACAGAGGAAGGACUGGCAAGCAUUCACAGUGUCCUGUUCAGAAAAGACCCCUUUUUGUGGAGGGCUGCUCUUCUGUACUACACAGUGUAUCAAGCCAGCCAAAUGUCUUUUUGUGAACUCUUCAAAGAUAUUGGCAAGUUUGUCAAGGACCCUAAUACAAGAUGGGACUAUUGUGUAAGAGCCAAGAGGGGGUGGACUGACACUUCUCAGCCAGGGUGUUUCAGUAAAGACCAGGUGUACUUGGAUGGAAUCCUUCAAAUCCUUCGAUUCAGAGAGUCCAUAGACUUUCAUCUGCUGACUGCCCUGGGCAAGGUAUCUUACGAAGAUGUGGAUCGCUUAAAAGAAUUGGCCGUUACUGAAAACAUGCGAGUCCCGCACUUCCUUCAUGAUCACAGCCGGUACAUGGAGCACUUAGAGAAGAUCAUGGAGGUGAACGAGCUGACUGAUGCUGAGCUGAAAGACCUCAUCUAAGCAGCAGAGCCGGCUCUUCGUGGCUGUUAGCAGCUAGGGCACCAGCACCUGCAGAACUAGAGGAGAGCGGCCGACCCCCACGUGCUGAAGACCAGCUCUCAGGAUCCAGCUGAAAUUCUAGGUUAUAUGUAGACCUGAAAGUAUUUUCCUAAAACAUUUCUAUAGACUGCGGGUGGAAGUCACUUCUCUUUUCAUUCAGAUCUCUCCAGAGACAAAUGAAGAUUCUGCUGCUGAUGACUCCAGGAUGCGUUGUGAACUUGAGCACUAGGGCCAGCUCUGGAUUGGAGGUGGCCAAUCUUUACGCUCUGCUGUGUAAAUUCCAAGGUUCUAUUUCCUCUGCUAAACAGUGAGAGUUGUUCUUCUUUGAAAUACCCAUUUUGUAACACCCCAGAAGGCUAGCAAUAUCUAAGAGUUCUUAUUUUUCUUAUGUUAAGUAAUAUUAAAAGGAGAUUGAAA